CAAGCAUUCCUUUUCCUGAGAGUUCUUUGAAUUAUUGCCCCUGAAAUGAAUCAGUUAAUGUCUUCAUCUUCCUUCUGUAAAGGGGGAGCAAGAAAGCCCGAGAGAGAGCGAGAAAGAGAGAGGGAGAGAGGGAGAGACCGCCUCCUCAGCAUCCCUCAGACACAGCUUUAUCCUCUCGCACCAGCUAAGCUGGCCGUGUCUGAGAUGACUUUUGCAUAUCCACCGCACAGCCAUGGAUGCUGGUGAAUGCUUCCUCACCUCUACCGGGCAGGAUGACAGGAGCCCCUGGCCCCUGGACCUCAAUCUAUCCCUUUGCCCGUCAGCCACCAAAGAUACCCCCCUCCUGCCUACGUCUCCCUGUCCUGAUUCAACCACCUCUUCCUCUGCUUCCACCACUGGAGGGGGCUACAGUGCUGCCAGCCCAACAUCCUCUGACCUGCAGCCACCCCUUGUUGCAACCUCUGACCCACUUCACCCCACUUAUCUGCCAAAGCUCAUUCCUCCUGCAGAGCCAAACUCUCAGGAGGAAAAUAAGGAUGAAGGGGAAGCACUUCUGGGUCAUGUCCUGUUCUCCAGCGAUGGAUCUGUCUACCUCCUGAAAGGGGAUGAGGAAGAUGAGGGAGCUCUUCCUACUUCAUCCUCACUGCGGGACUCCCCUAAUAGCACAGUGUUACCCCGUCCUCCACUCACCUCGUUCCGUCUCACCGCCACCUACCAAGGCUUUUGCUCUAACCAAAUAUCCCGACAUACCUCAGCCAAGGCAGCCGAUUUUACCCAAACGGCUCCUGGUACCUCGCCCAGAAUCCAAGAUCAACCCAAAGAAAAAGAGGCGGGGGAGAAAGUAGGGGAAGACGAUGAAAGACACAGACCAUGUGGGGAGUCCAAAAACACCCAGACAGUAGAUAGUAUGUGGAUUUGUAUCCCAUGCCAACUCACUUUUAAACAUGGAGGCAGCUUGGGGCAGCAUGCCUCAUGUAUUCAUGGCCUGGAUCACCCUUAUCAAGAUCAGCUGGCAGGAGGGGAAACUUCGGGCAUUGUAUAUAGCUCUAGCGGGCAACUUUUCAUUAGCCUAUUAGAACCAAAAAAUCCCUGCAAGGCAUUGGAAGUUGGCCAGGAGUCAGAGACUGUAGUUCAGUCUACCCCAUAUCUAGAAAUCAUUCAAGCAACACAAGAAAAGCCAGGAACAUCAAAUGAGUUUACUACUAAAAUGAAUCUCAAAGAUACGAAAAGUCAAGAUUCUUGUGAUAGGAAUCCAGAUGCUAAUCCCCAUCUCCCCCAGGGCCAGAUGCCCUUAUCACCCUUAGUGUAUCACCGCUGUGAACCCACUGGAACACACCACUCAACUGAAGCCAAAGAUUCAAUGCUCCACUUGGACGAAAAGAAUGAUGGAGCCAUGUGUUGCCCAACAGUAAAAGAGACACAGGGUGAAGGUUGUGAAGAAGAGCGUGAAGAUGAAGGAGAAAGCACUCUCCCAACUGCUCAGCCUUCUGACAUCGCUGAGCAGUUACUUGCAAACCAAAGCUUCUACGUUCCAAUGAUGACCAAUAGCUUUCCACAGAUGGGAACUUUACAUGGCACUGACAAAAGGGUUGACCAAACUGAAGCUGACCGUGGUGCACAAGCCCGUGAUGACUGUACACCAACCUCAGGCCCGCAACAAUUCCAAAGUCUCUCUCUACAGGGCCAGCUUUCGCUACUACACUCCCGCAACUCCUGCAAAACCCUCAAAUGCCCAAAGUGCAACUGGCAUUACAAGUAUCAACAGACACUGGAUGUCCACAUGAAGGAAAAGCACCCAGAGACCCAGAGUCACUGCUCCUAUUGCCACAGCGGCCAGCAACAUCCACGCUUAGCCAGGGGUGAGAGCUACAACUGUGGCUAUAAACCGUAUCGCUGUGAAGCCUGCAAUUAUUCCACCACAACCAAGGGCAACCUCACCAUACACAUGCAAUCUGACAAGCACUUGGCCAAUUUGCAGGGCUACCAAGGAUCAGGAGCCACCCCCAAUACAUCAACCCCUCCACUGGCUGCACCAGCAGUCAGCGUAGGACAGGUAGAGGGUGGUCAGAUUUCACCCCCUGAUCGGCAGCUGAAGCAGAAGGCAUCAUGGCACUGCAAGGUGUGCAAUUAUGAAACCAAUAUAUCCCGAAAUCUGCGUAUUCACAUGACCAGUGAGAAGCACAUGCAGAACGUUCUGCUGCUCCAUCAGGGGCUGGGAAUGGGGCAAGAUACCUUUCCAUUCUAUGGAGGUCCUCUUGCACCUGAACAGGGCCUAGAUCACCCACUACUAUUUAAUCCAAUGCCCUUCAACUCAUCCAGUGGCCAAGCUUGCAACCUUCUCGCUCCAGAUUCCUCCUCAGGUCCCCAGUUCAGCAAUCUGGGACCCUCCAGCACAAUGUCCACACCCGCACCCAUUCAGGACAUACCCACAUCUAUGUGUGAGGAGGAACUGUCCCCUGCAGUAUUCCGUUGCCUGGUGUGCCACUGCUUUACCACAGAUAGUUUGGAGGGGCUGCUAUCUCAUGCCAGCAGAGGUCGAACUCUUCCUGAAAGGGAAUGGAGGGAGGUGAGAGGCGACCUGCAUUGCUGCCGACUCUGCUCCUACAGCACCCAACUAAAAGCCAACUUCCAGCUACACCUUAAGACGGACAAACAUGCCCAGAAGUACCAGCUGGCUGCCCACAUGCGAGAAGGGGGUGCAGCGCUGGCCGCUGCACAAGCCUCGGCAGCAGAGCUACCAAUCAGUGGCUAUAGCCAAGCAUCAUCAUUCCCCCCGCUGCAUGUUCGAUGUAACCUGUGUGGGUUUGAGAGCAACAGCAGAGAGAAGAUGCAGCUACAUGUACAGGGAGGAAGCCACGAAGAAAGCCUACGGGUUUAUAAGUUUCUGCAGUCCAUUGAAAGUGGAGGUACAAGGGACAUAUGUUUUCGGUGUGCCCCAUGUGAUAGCAGUGUGGGUUCUCGCCUCGGAAUGAUGUCACACCUACGCUCAACAAGUCACCAUCAAAACCUUGCGCAAUGGAGGCUGACACAUGGGGAAGUCAUACUAGAGGGGAUCAUCAGCGUUUACAGGAACACCCCACAGGAGCAUGUUAAAAUUCAGAAAUCAACAGAACCGGCUUCAAAACCAGAACCAGAUGAGGAGAGCACAGACACGUCCAAAGUUUCUACACAGGAUGAGACACCGAAGACUACGUGUGAGAAUACUAGUGAAGGCACAACGGUUUUUUGCUGCCCUUUCUGUACCUAUGUCAGUCCAUCUGAGGAGAAUGUUCAUAGCCAUGCUGUGUCCCAACAUGCUUUGCAACCUACAUUCCGUUGCCCACUGUGCCAGGAAAAACUCACAGGAACUGCAAAUCUUAGGGGCCACUUGGGGCAUGGACACAACGUAGUAUCAGAAUGUGUAGAGAAGCUGCUGCAAGUGGCACAGAAAGUGGAGAUAAGUUUUCGUACUAGGAUUCUUCCCUUGAGAGUGAGAGAAGAACCGGAGCAGCCUGUUCCAGAGACCCAGUCAUCCUGUGAAGCCACUCAUAUUGGAACAGAAACGUCUCCUCCUGAGUCACCUUGUAAUGAAAAUCUUGUAGGAGCAUCGGAGCCCUCAGGUGACCCUGAGAAACCAGCUGAGGAUACUUCUUGCCCCUUAUGUCGAUAUACUUCUGAGAGUCCACAAGACCUAAGGACUCAUUUAGAAAAAGAUCACCCUGAGCUCAGCCCAUCCGAUAUCCAACAAGCAUGUGAAGUCCGGAGCCAGGAGACAGAGGGUGGGGAAGCAGGAGAUAAGAAAUGUUCCCUGGAAAUAACACCAGUUCACUCCCAACAAGCUACAUACCGAAAGACCACAAACUUUGCCAUGGAUAAGUUCUUGGACCCAUCAAGACCACACAAGUGUGUUGUAUGCAAGGAAUCCUUCACGCAAAAAAAUAUCCUCCUUGUACAUUAUAAUUCUGUAUCACACUUGCACAAAGUGCGUAAAGCCUCCUUAGAUCCAUCCUUGUCCACUCGUCAAGAGGCCGGAACAGGUUCCUCAGGACAUGGAGUGCAGACAGGACAAGACAAGCCGUAUAAGUGCACCGUGUGCAAUGUAUCAUACAACCAAAGCUCCACCCUUGAAAUUCACAUGCGUUCAGUGCUUCACCAAACUCGCUCCCGGGGUUCAAAACAGGAUCUGACCAGGGUCCCCAUAGAAAAAACUCAACGAGAAAGUGGUUGUAAGAAUGAGACUACUAAUGAUUUGAAAGGAGAAGCAACUGGAGAUCUGCAAGGUGUUGAAGCUCCCAAAAAAAGACAUCCUCAAAUAGGUCCUUGUUUGGGAGUCCCUAUUCUACCUGCUGCUGUAGCCUCUCCCACUAUGCAGCUGUCCAUAGAUUUGCCACAUCCACCCCCACUUGUCCAACCUCCACCUCUCUUUGCACCCUCGCUCCUUCCAUCAUUCCCAUUGAUCCCAGAGACUCUUUUAAAGCUUCAGCGUCAACAGCAGCAGCUUUUACUUCCAUUUUAUCUACAAGAGCUGAAAGUUGGUGGUGAUGGGGGAGCUACACCUCUUUUGUCUUUUGGUGGUGCACAGCAGCCACCACUAACUAAAGAUAAUGAAGGCCAACCCAGUGUGACUCCCAAACCGGCAAAUGAGAAGGAAGAAAAGAUACCAGAUGAGCAGGAUGCAGCCACAGCAGAGACUGAUCUUCCACAGAAUUCAGAGUCAAAUGAGGAUUCUCCACCCAAAGGACCUGGAGACCUAACAGGAUCUGCAGCUAGAGCUCUGCUAGAGAAUUUUGGCUUUGAGCUUGUCACACAGUACAAUGAGGGGAGACAACCAUCCUCCUGCCACUCUCAACCUCAGCCACAACCUCCUGCUCCACCAGCUGAUGUUCCCCCUACACCCACCUCUGCAGAAAAACUUCAGUGUGGUACCUGCGGAAAGCUUUUCUCCAAUCAUCUAAUUCUUAAAACACAUGAGGAGCACAUGCACCAACGCCUCCUUCCCUUUGAAGCCUUGAGCCGUUAUGCUGCUCACUAUCGUCGUAGCUAUGAUAACCACUACCCUACUGGAUUGACCAUUGAAACAGGAGAGUCAACCCUUGUUCCAUUAGACUUCUCUGCCACAUCAAAAUGUUCUCAAGAAAUUGAAGAACAAGAUGCUACAUGUGAGUGGGGGGUGACUGUAGAACAGCUUAGCUUCCUACGUAGCCUCCUUGAUUUACCAAAUCAUGCCUCAGAAGAGCAAAUUCUCUGGGCUGCUGAUAAGACUGGGCUGUCUUCUGCAGCUGUUCGGCAAUGGUAUACACAGCACGAGAAAGGAAUUCAAGAUGGACAGGAAGAUGAUUUGGAGGAGCCCUCAAGAACAGAUCGCUUGGGAAAUCGCCGUUUCUCACGCACUAAAUUUUCUGACUUUCAGACUCAAGCCCUUAACAGUUUUUUUGAAUCAAGUGCUUACCCACGUGAUAGCGAGGUGGAACAUCUUUCAACAUUGCUGGGACUACCAGGGCGAGUUGUCGUUGUGUGGUUUCAGAACGCUCGCCAGAAAGCACGAAAGCAAGCUGCAGAAACAGGCAACUCUCCUUCAUCUCCUUUGCACUCCAACCAACCAGGGGAGCGUCCUGCUUCCAAUAGUAAAGUGCCACCUUGUAGGAAAUGUGGAGUUACCCUGCCCUGCAUAUUUCAGCUCAUCCGACAUCUAAAGGGCUGCUAUAGUGACCAGAGCAAUGACAUUAACAAAGAAGAAGAAAGGGAAGAGGUAAACAAAACCACACAAGGAGAGGGUUCAUUGCCAGAUAAGACAACUACCCAAGAGCACCCCACUCCAAAUACCCAGGAGAAGAAAGAGGAAGAGCAAGCUGAGGCAAAAGAGAAGGGAGAAACUGAGACAGGAGAUUCAAAUGCAAAUGUUGAAGUCCCUACAGCCAAUGAAGAAAAAGUACAAAUUCUUGAGAAAAAUAAUCGGGCCGUAGACCACAAUGAAUCUUCUCUCCCGGCCAUUUCUUCAGAACAAAACCAAAACAAGUCUGCCUCAAAUAACAGUCAUCCUACUCCUCCCCUUGUUGAUCUAUCAUUGUUAAUUUCCUUGGGGUCUGGUGAUGGUAGCUGCCAGAGGAAAAGAAAACAUGAGGAAGAGAGCCUUUCCCCUACUGGUAGUGAAGGUGGUGAUGAACCCCCCAGAGACAAGCGCCUGAGGACAACUAUAUUGCCUGAACAACUGGACAUCUUGCAUCGCUGGUAUCUGCAGGAUUCCAAUCCCACACGGAGCACUCUUGAACGCAUCUCCCUUGAAGUAGGCCUGAAGAAGAGAGUCGUUCAAGUCUGGUUUCAGAACACUAGGGCUCGCGAACGCAAGGGCCAGUACAGAGGAGUGGCUUCUUCAACUGUGUCUGCAACACGGCAGCAGGAUGAUGCAGAUGGCACAAAAAGGGAGGUUCCUCCCAGUUACUACUACAGUGUUGGGGCAAGUCAAGUUACAGCCCCUGUACCAGCUAAAACUGGGCAAACCACCUCUCCAAUGCUUGCUAAAACUCAGACUUCCUCUGGCCUUAUAGCGAAUCCAGUCCCCAGUAAAUCUCUUAUUAAUACAACUCAAGGUAUUUCAGGCUUGCUGAAUGCCGCACAAGUCUUACCAAGCCUAGCCAGUUCAUCACAAGCUAUCCCAGGCCUUGGCAAUUCAAAUCAAGCUUUAUCCAGUCUUGUCAGUAACCCACAGGCCUUAUCUGGUAUAGUUAAUCCUGUCCAGGUACUUUCUGGCUUAGUAAACACAACUCAAGCGUCUCCAAGUUUGCUACUGGCCUCUUAUGCUGCCAAGCCUCCAGCACCACCUAUACUACUGUCCGCUGCUACUGAAGUCAUACCCAGUCCAUCCCCUGGUCAGCCUGUCUCUCUGUCAGUAGAAAAGGUUGUGGAACCUUUCAAAGCAUCAGCUUCUGUUGCUUUGUCUAAGACCUCAGCUUCAGAACCACAAUCUUGUCACCAGGCAACAGAACAUCAAAGUUUGGAAAACCAGGGAGUAAUCACACAGAAAACACCUGAAGACAAAGGAACCCCUAAACCCAUAGAGCCACAGAUGCACAGUCCACAGACUGGCGACAUAAGUGAUGACUCAAGCUCAGACCCAGGGCCUCCCAGCCCUGGUAAAAGUGGGUUCAGUUUGGAAGGACCAAUGGGAUCAUCAGGCGCCAGAAGAUAUCGGACCCAAAUGAGCAGUCUCCAGUUAAGGAUACUGAAGGCAUGUUACUCAGAAUAUCGCACACCAAGCAUGCAGGAGUGUGAGUGCCUUGGUGGGGAGAUUGGUCUCCAGAAGAGAGUUGUCCAGGUUUGGUUCCAGAAUGCAAGGGCCAAGGAAAAGAAGGCCAAACUGCAGGGUCUUGGGGGCACAGCUUCUACCAUUGAGGGACCACAACCUACAGAGUGCACCCACUGCAAUGUAAAAUAUGGACCCACCACACCAUGUCGAACCCACAUAUUCUCCAGACAACAUAUUGCAAGAUUGCGCAUGUCCAUUCAACAGCAACUGAAGGAAGAGAGUCGGUACAGAGACACCCACCCUGCUGGGGGAUCAGCUACUCCUGCUUCAGAAAACAAACAAACCUCACAGAUACUCGGUUUCCAGGCUCCAAAUACAGUAACACCCCCGAUCCAGAGACUCACCCCAUUACUGAUGCCAGGACAGGGCAUUCCUGCACCUAUUGGUGGACUGGCAACAUUCAAUACAGGCCCUCCUCCUAGCCUGCUCGGAAUGGCUUCUUCUGUAACUCCAGCCCUUCUUCCCCGUGCAGCUCCACAUGCCCCCUCUUCUUCCCACUCUUCUAAUGAUGCUUCUGUGGACUCUUCACAGCCUGCAGUGACCUCUGACGCCACUGGUCCCUCGCCUCUCAAAGCUGCCCCUCUCAUGGGAACCCCUUUCAUGCCUUUCCCGCUAGCCCCGACUGCCACUCCCUUGUUCACUCCUCAAAUACAGGGCCCAUAUUUCCAGCAACUAUAUGGUUUAAAGAAGCGCCUCUUCCCAAUUAACCCUGUCAUACCGCACACACUGCUAGGACUUCUCCCUGCACCUCUAAAACCAAUGGCUGAGGCAACACCAACCAGAAAAACGGAGUGCACAAAGACCAAAGCAACAAACGAGUGCAGUGUUGGGCAGGGGCAGAUACAAGUGGGAGAGGAGGACAGUGUGGAGAGAGAAGAUGGCCCAGAUGAUGAAGAUAUCCCAAUGGUAGAUGUAGCAAUGAGAUACCAGUGCCAGCGCUGCAAAGCUACUUAUGAUGAAGAAGGGGAAGCUGAAGCUCAUCAACGUGAGAGCUGUUAUACUGGUCCUGCACCCCACCCACCUCCACUCAGGCUGAGAGUCUGCACCUACCACUGUUUGUCUUGCCAAGUCCUGCUGCAGGGGCCAACGGCUCGCAGCCAACAUUUGAGGUCACAGCAGCACCGUGCUCAAAGCAUGUGUGGUGAUGGAGCAUCCACUCCAAUACCUCAACUCAGGCCAAAGAGUACUGCUACCUCCGUGCUCAUGGCUUUAUAGAGACACACUGUCUCACAUUAUAGAAAUGCUUUCAGCUGUCUCACAAUAUUUUACUUUACAAUUUUUUCUUUUGCUUGCUCUUCUGCCUUUCUGUGUUAUCUUCCUUUUUUGAUGUGUAUGAUUCUUUCUAUUUCUCUCUUUGUAUCUGUCUGUUACGAAUUAAGCAUUCCCUUGUUCUAGGAUGCUUCGUAAACCUUCUCUUGCUGGAGUGACAAUGCCCUCUUUCCUAGACUGUCUCUCUUUUGUGUUUGUCUUUCUUCUGUGUCUGUCCAGCAGGGAAGUUACACACAAAGAAAUCCAACAUAGGCCAAAAAAAGAAAACAAAACCUAAAACCUCUACAGAGAAAUACCGAGAACCCAAAGUUUUUCUGCAUUUCUUGAUACUGGUGCCAAAACGUGAAUGACCUCUCCCUGUUCAUGAAUCCUGCACCCUCACGAACCGUCUGAGGGGAGGGAAAGGACAGAAUGAUGAAUUGGGGAACAGAGGGAGGAAUAAACUGUAAAGAAUAACCAAAAGUUCCAAGACUUACGGAGCCAAACCCAGAGGCAGCACCCGCUCCCUCUUACACAUAUGUGUAUGUGUGUGUGGAUAGAUAUUUGAGGAAUUGUAUUUCAUGGGGGAUAUUGCACCCCUCCACUAAUGAUGACUUUAAAACAUGGGGUUGAUGAUUGUACCCUGAAGAAAACUCUCUCUGUGAUGCUUUAACUAUUUGUGGAGGGGACAAGGGAAGGGCUUUAUCUUUUUUUGGGGGUGGGGGGGAGGGUUGACAGGGAAAGGGCAAUUUUUUUUUCACACCCUUUCUCCCUGUAUAGCUCACCCAAUGCCUCAUUCAAUUGUUUAAAGAUUGGGGUAUUAUGGGGUGGUUGGAGGGGUUAAGCCAACUAACAAUAACACAGACUUUUGAAUCCAAAGUUUAAAAAGUGAAAAACUCAUUAAAAUGUUCACACCAAAAAAAAAACAAAAAGGAAGGAAAUGACUUGUACAAGAAGACAAUUAUUUGUAUUAUGUAAAAAAACAAAAAAGUAAACCGGAGAAAGCUGA